CGAAAUUGCGACAGAUGAUGUUUUCGAUUUCUUAAAGAUGAAGUAUUCUGCAACGAAUAAAAGUAGUACAGCAUUAACGAACGAUACAACCAAAAAACAUUCAAAAAUGAAGAUUCCACUUAUUAUUCAAGAUCAAAAACAAUUACAAACAUUGGCAAUUCUCCAAGGCUCGUGUAAACUAAGCUUUAAAGAAUGGUAUAAUGCUCUGAUGGAACUGAAUGAAACUGUGUUACAUUCCGAACUUGUUGGACAAUUAAGAAAUGCUUUACCGUCAACAGACAUUUUGAAUAGAUUAAAGGAUUGUUCGGAGGCAGAAAUGCAAAAUAUGCCCGAAGGAGAACAGUUUAUUGCAACUUUAUCAAAAAUCAAACAUUUACCAAUACGUUUGGAGGCAAUACAGCUUUGGCUUUCAUGGUCUGAUCAAUUUUCUGAACUCAAAUGUGGAGUAACAACAAUUGCGGAGGCGUGUGAGGAAAUAAUAAAAUCUCAUGGCUUAAAGAAUUUUAUCAAUCUUGUUUUACUUGCUGGAAAUUUUAUGGGAAGAGUAAAGAGUUCUGGUGCAACAUUUGCUUUUGAAUUAGGAGCAUUAAAUAAGUUGGUAGAUACAAAAGAUUGUGAAAAUUCUGAAACACUCUUGCAUGGUCUAAUAUUUUUAUUUCAUAAAAAAUUUGAUGGGAAAUUUGACAAAUUUGUUGUUGAUGAUUUUCAUCAUGUUUCUAAAGCUUGUAAAAUUGAUUAUUUGGAUUUGGAAAAGUCUAUGAAUUUAUUGAAGAAUUCUGUUAAAAAGAUUUCAACACAUUUGUUAACCUACCAAAAACAAAUUGCAAAUGAUUGUUUUCAAUCAAAAAUAAGUAUCUUUGUAGAAACGGCACAAAAGGAUUUAUUUGUUAUUGAUUCGGUUUUUUUUAACUUUUUUAAUGUUUAA